AUGAAAAUUUCAAAAGAAUGGGCAAAUGUUGAAAUAGACAGUUAUGGUGACACUAAACAGAAAAAGCAAACGUCUUUAAGGAAAAAGAUUUUUGACCACAAAGAGAGUGCUGGUCAUAAGGCAGCUGCUGAAAUCCUAAUCGAAAGUAAAGACGGAAAACUGGAGAAAACUAUUUUGAGACAGAACUCUCAUGAAAAAGAAAUAACGGGGAAAAUUUUCCGAACGGCGUACAAGGUUGUUAAAGAAAAUCAGUCUUUUAACAAUUUUGAAACGGAAGUUGAUUUGCAAGAAUUAAAUGGGAUUAACAUGGGUCGCAUUUUACACUCAGACAAAGCCUGUGCUAAAAUUGCUUUGCAUAUCAGUAAGGAAAUGAAGAAAACCUUUGUAGAUGAAAUCAUUAAGAAUGAUACAAAACUUGGUUUGAUAAUUGAUGAAUCCACGUCCUUAAGUAAUAAGUCAAGUUUAAUAGUAUACGUUCGGUGUUCUUUGCCUAAAACCGGUAUGAGUGGCUCCACUAACGUCUUUUUGGAUCUAAUAGAACUAGAUGGCGUUACUGCUAGAGCUGUUUUUGACUCUUUGAUGAACUGUCUUCGGUCUAAUGGACUAUCUGACGUAUUUUUAAGUAAUAAUUUAACAAGCUUAACUUGUGAUGGUGCUGCUACUAUGAUCGGUAAGCACAAAGGCGUUGCAACAUUAUUUCGUGAGAAAUUUCCUUCUGUUAUUGUUUGGCACUGUGCAAACCAUAGACUUGAGCUGUCAGUGUCAGACGUUAUUAAAUCUGUUUCAGAAGUUAAUAGGUUUAAAUCUUUUAUUGACAAACUCUAUGUUGUCUAUCAUGCUUCACCAAAGAACAGCAGGGAACUUCGAAGCUGUGCAACUCUUUUGGAUACAGAAAUGUUAAAAAUUGGAAGAGUCUUGAGCACCCGUUGGGUGGCAUCUAGUUUUAGAUCUGUGUCAGCUGUUUGGACGUCAUAUGAAGCAUUAGUCGAACACUUUAAAGAAGCUUCAAAUGACCCAUCUAGAGACAGCAAAGAUAAAAGUACUUUUCCGGACUUCUUAACAAAAUCACAGAAACUAAUUUCAUUCUAG